UGUUGUGUCAGCGGUGCACAUGGCGUAUGAGUGAUAUCGCUCUGAGUACUCUGGGCGUGUGUGUUGCCGGAAAUACUUUGAGUAAUCGAAAGGCAAAAGCGAAAAAAAACGAAAGAAAAAUCUAAGGAAAUUAACUUGGCACAUUCGUUGUAUUGCGAGAAUUGUUUGAGUGCUAUUACAGUGUUUUUUUGUUUUUAUUCAGCCCACCUGCCAGCCAAAAAAGUAGGUUAAUUGACGUGUGCUCCGGGCGUAUCUAAAGGCAAAAUAAUAAAAAUAUAUGUACAAAAACAAAUACAAGGGCCACGGCUAGAAAAAGGGCAGAUUGGGUGGUCGAUUGGCCGCUUGAAUAUUUGGUCGAAAGCUGCGGAAACCCACGCUAAUUGAGAGGUCAUUGCGGACUGAAGGCGGACGACGAGAAGGAGCACAUCCUUGGGGGGUGGAGAAGGCAAAUGCAACCUGCACAGACACCAUUAGACUUGAAUAGCAACCACACAAAAUGCUGAUACUGCUGCCGCUGCUGGGGAUAUUUGGAAAUGGUCUCGUCGCCGAAGUCGAGGCGAACCUGAGUCUGGGCUUUAAGGCCAUCAAAUUGCCCAGGCAUCCCAAUCCGGCCAAUUGCAGUGUUGGCAACACAACAUUCGCACAUGGAGUCACAUUUAAAUUGGAUUGUAAAACCCAAUGCGUUUGCGAGAAUGGCCGCCACGCCUGCUCGACGCUCUGCCCCAACGAGCAGCUGCCGGCGCCGGAGGACACGAUAUCCUGCCGAUCGCCGCGCCUCGUCGAAGUUCCCGGCCACUGCUGUAAGAUGUGGCUCUGUGAGAAUCCAACAGCUGAUGUUUAUGCCACCUGCCACAACAGCACCACCAGCGGCAACUGGACAGCCUGCAGCCGCAACUGCGGCCUCGGCACCGCCACCCGGCACACCUCCACCCACGCCGGUUGCCAUCAACUGAGCAAUUUGCGGCUCUGCGAGAAUCGCAGGUGCGACAAGGACGACCUCCAGGACAAUAAGCGAAGCAGAAGCCGGAGCAGGAGCCACCCAUUAACGCCUAAGCACAAGGAGCAUCACUUCCACUCGCAUUCACACUCCCACAUCCACUCGCAGCCUCAUCGUCAUUCUCGCAAGGAGCACCAGGAGCCUGCCCACAGGAUACGAAAGGGUCACGAGUGCCGGAGUAUCCAGCGUUUGGGUCCAGCCCGUAUCCGCCUAGGCGAGUGCGUCUCUCGGAAGCUGUAUCGACCCAAGCUCUGUGGCCGUUGCCAUCGCGGAGUCAAGUGCUGCGCCCCGGCGGUCACCACCACGAUACAGGUCGAGCUGUUGUGUCCCUUAAAUGCUGUCGAUCCAAUUAACUUCGUACAACGACGGGAGCAGGCCAGGUCCAGUCAUCUGAAGGAGCUCCGAAGGACCAAGGACGAUGGCGGAGAGGAUGACUACGAAGACGAUGAUGACGAUGAUUAUGAUGGUGAGGCGGAGGAAGCAUAUGCAGAAAAGCCUGGACAGUUAUGGGACACGGUCGCCUUGGAGCCAAUCGAUCAGGAAUUCCUGCACUCACAUCAGAUACAAAUUGAGAAUAAAUUCAUUGCCGUCGAAUGGAUACUGAAAUGUGAAUGCAGCACGAAUCACUGUAACAGCGACAACAGCAACAGCAACAGCAGCAGCAACCGCAACACCAACGACAACAUGUCUAACACAAAUAAAUAUGGUUAUUACAAUUACAAAAACAAAAACAAUAAGAAUGGAGGGCCACAGAGGCGUAACCACGAAAUUAAUGGCGAACCCAAUGAGCCGACCAACAACAUAAGGGCCAACUCCAUCAGCAACAACAACGAAGAGGAUGUGGCCGACAACAACAUGGAUGUGGACCACAACGAUGUAGACAACUCGUCGUCGGAACAGCAACCGGAUAUUAUUCCCUAUCCGCUGGGUGUUGGCGAAUCCAGUUGGAAGGCCGAAAAACUUCGACAGCAGCAGCAACAUCAACAGCAACAGCAGCAACAUCAACAGCAACAGCAGCAACACAGACAACAACCGCAAUACACAUAGCGCAAACAUUUCUCACGCAUGCGAUAAAAUGAAACAAAAGAAAUCCAAAAAGCUGAGGCCAGAGGCAGAUAUUUAGAAUGGAAUAGGAUUUAAGAAUUGUACAGCAUAGCGAUACUUAAGGCCAGGAUACAAUAUAGAUGGGCAAGGAUUGUAAAGGAACAGAGGGCGAUGCAAGUUAUACUUAGGAUUUGAACAUAUCGAGGCAGUAAGUUUAGGUAUGUGAACGAUAGGAAUAGUCUUAAAAUCAAGAACAAAAA